AUGAAGACCGACGACAACGAGGAGCUCUCGAAGCGAAAGAGGAUCAAGGAGCUCAUCGGCCGCGCCUUUAGCUCGCACUCCUACCACCAUGAGCAGCACAAACCCGCCCAGACCCACGGCGACAACCCGCACAGCGCAUCAGCCCCUGCCAACGCCGUCACUUCGGCUGCCAGCGUGACGGCAAGGCAGUCGGCCAGCAUCCUCAGCGCGAUGGCCGCCUCGGGCAAGGACGCCGUCGAAGCCAUCUCAGCCUCCAGCGGCGAUGCCUCACACGACGACGAACGCCACCACUACGAGUCGCCCCUGCGUGCGCGCCGCCGUCUGGCCGCCAUCGCCACCCAGCUCGGUCUGGCCACCUCGACAGCCACCCAGUCGUCUACCUCUUCUCACUACGCGUCGGUCUCGCAGUCGACCCAUGCCGAGGACAAAUCCAAGUGGAACCACCUCCCCAGGUACAAGGAUCUGCCCAGCGAGGGCGGAUACCCAGGAUGCGCCUGGUCAGUCUGGGGCGAGGGAGACCAGCUGGGCACCACCAACCUCCUCACCGACGCCGUCGUCGCUCGAAGCGCGCGGGACGAGGUGCGCACCGGCACGCGCAUCAGCCUCAACUGGCCCCUUCACCUGCCCCAAGACCCCUUUUUCAAGCGCCAGGCGGUCCACCACGAGAUCAAGGGCAAGGGCGGCGAGUAUUACACCAAGCCGCGCGAUGCCGCCGUCGAGGACCUGCGCAAGCAGGGCAAGGACGUCGUCAACCGCGGCGAAGACUCGGUGCCGGUCACUGACGACACGUUGCACCUCAACACGCAGUCGGGAUCGCAGUGGGACGGCCUUCGCCACAUGGGGCACAUGCCCUUGAACUGCUUCUAUGGAGGCGUGGACCGCAAGACGCUGCAGGAUACGUUUGCCAACCGCGAGCCGCAGGGUGCCACGCCCGAGCAGCUCAACUCGGAGGAGAGCCGGCAGCGGAACCAGCUCGGCAUCCACCAUCUCGCCGAGCGCGGCGUCUGUGGACGAGGGGUGCUGCUCGACGUCUUUGCCUACCUCUCGAGCAAGCCCGGCGGCCACGAGAGGUGGAAGGAGUACGCCUACGAUCCCAGCAAGACCUACUUCAUCACCGUCGACGACCUCAAGGAGACGGCCAAGGCGCAGGGCGUCACGUUCAGGAAGGGCGACAUUCUGCUGGUGCGGUCCGGGUUCACGGUGCGGUACUACGACUCGACGCCCGAGGAGCGCAAGGAAUGGGUGCAGCGUCUCACCUUUGCCGGCGUCGACCAGAGCGAGGAAAUGAAGGCCUUCCUGUGGGACAACCACUUUGCCGCCGUGGCCGGCGAUGCACCAGCCUUCGAAGCGCGACCUUCGCUGCCCAAGCACGCGAUGCUGCACGAGACGCUGCUGGGGCUGUGGGGUAUGCCCAUCGGCGAGAUGUUUGACCUGGAAGCCCUGGCCCAGCACGCGGCCCAGCACCGCCGCUGGACGUUUUUCUUCUCCUCGUGGCCCCUCAACCUCUACGGCGGCGUCGCAAGCACCGCCAACGCCGCAGCCAUCUUUUGA